CUACAAAACCAUUUCAUUUACCUCGCCUAGUAGGAAUAUUGCUGUUUUUUAUAGAUCCACCAAAAGACAAUGGAGGAGCAGCAAUAAAUACAUAUGUUGUGGAAAUGUCUGAAGGUUUAAAUGGAAACAAAUGGGACACAAUAUACAGUGGAGCUGCUAGGGAACAUGUGUGUGACCGACUAAAUCCUGGCUGUUCCUAUCGCUUACGUGUAUAUUGCAUUGGGGAAGGAGGACAAAGCAUGGCAUCUGAUUCUUUACUGGUGCAGACACCAGCAGUGGUUCCUGGUCCAUGCCAACCUCCAAGGCUACAGGGUAGACCAAGAGCAAGAGAAAUUCAGCUGCGCUGGGGACCACCUCAGGUAGACGGUGGUUCACCCAUUACCUGUUAUGGUCUGGAAAUGUUUCAGACAGAAACCGAUGAACACAGAGAGGUUUACCAAGGCUCUGAUGUUGAAUGCACAGUAGGCAGCCUUCUUCCAGGGAGGAUGUACAACUUCAGACUGCGAGCAGCUAACAAGGCUGGGUUUGGACCUUACUCGGAAAAAUGUGAAAUAACUACAGCACCUGGACCACCAGAUCAGUGCAAGCCCCCUCAAGUGGCAUGCAGAUCUGCUGCAUGUGCUCAGGUGUCAUGGGAGGUUCCAGUGAGUAACGGAGCUGACAUCACGGAGUAUCGACUGGAGUGGGGCGGUGUGGAAGGAUGCAUGCAGAUCUCCUAUUGUGGGCCUGGGCUCAACUGUGAAAUGAAGGGGCUUUUGCCUGCCACUAUAUAUUAUUGCAGGGUUCAGGCAGUGAAUGUUGCAGGUGCAGGCCCUUUCAGUGAAGUAGUGGCAUGUAUGACUCCAGCCUCUGUACCUGCAGUUGUGACUUGUCUUCGGGGACUAAGUGAAGAUGAAGUUGAAAGUCCACACUAUUCUCCUUCCACAUGCCUUGCUAUAAGCUGGGAAAAACCUUGUGACCAUGGAUCUGAAAUCCUUGGCUACAGCAUAGACUUUGGAGAUAAGCAGCCAAUAACUGUUGGGAAGGUUCUGACCUAUUUUAUAGACGGCUUACAGCCAGAUACUACCUACAGAGUACGAAUUCAAGCCCUAAACAGUCUCGGCGCGGGUCCUUUCAGCCACACCAUAAAACUGAAAACAAAGCCUCUCCCCCCUGAUCCACCUCGCCUGGAAUGUGCUGCAUACAGUUCUCAGACUCUCAAGCUGAAGUGGGGAGAGGGAACUGCAAAAGCAUUAACUGACUCCAUUCAGUACCACCUUCAAAUGGAGGAUAAGAACGGAAGGUUUGUAUCCUUAUACAGAGGACCAUGUCAUACAUACAAAGUACAAAGACUCAGUGAGUCAACAUCAUACAAAUUUUGUAUUCAGGCAUGUAAUGAAGCUGGUGAAGGUCCCCUUUCUCAGGAGUAUGUUUUCACUACUCCCAAAUCUGUUCCAGCUGCCUUGAAAGCACCAAGGAUAGAGAGAAUAAACGAUCACUCUUGUGAAAUCGCAUGGGAGGUUCUGCAGCCCAUGAAGGGUGAUCCAGUUAUCUACUGUCUUCAGGUCAUGGUGGGAAAAGACUCAGAAUUCAAACAGAUUUAUAAGGGUCCGGACUGGUCAUUCCGAUACACAGGCCUCCAGCUGAACUGUGAAUACCGUUUCCGCGCAUGUGCCAUUCGACAGUGCCAAGAGACAGUAGGUCACCAGGACCUGAUAGGCCCCUACAGCGCACCCGUGCUAUUCAUCUCUCAGAGGACUGAACCACCGGCAAGCGCCAAGGACACUGUGCAAACCACAAGGACACAAUGGUCACAGAGCGACCAAGUGUGUGCUGCUGUCAUCCUUGCACUUUUUGCUAUCUUUUCCAUUCUGAUUGCUGUUAUCAUUCAGUACUUCGUAAUAAAGUGAAGAAAAGA